CCGAUUCCUGCGGCAAAUGACUUCUUGGAUAUCGUGCUUUCAAAGACGCAGAGAAAGACACCAACUGUAAUUCAUAAAAAUUACAAAAUUGGGCGAAUAAGACAAUUUUACAUGCGCAAAGUCAAAUUUACUCAAGAUAGUUUCGAUGAAAAAUUAAAUGCCAUUAUUGAGGAAUUUCCGAAACUUGAUGACAUUCAUCCUUUCUACUCAGAUUUAAUGAAUGUAUUAUAUGAUAAAGAUCAUUACAAAUUGGCUUUAGGUCAAAUUAAUAUAGCGCGCCAUCUUAUUGAUCAAGUUGCUAAAGAAUAUAUUCGCCUAUUGAAAUUUGGUGAUUCAUUAUAUCGUUGCAAGCAAUUAAAAAAAGCGGCUCUUGGAAGAAUGGCUACUAUUAUGAAACGUCAAAAAGACAGUCUAGCGUAUUUGGAACAAGUUCGACAACACUUGGCUCGAUUACCUUCAAUAGAUCCAAAUACUCGUACAUUAUUAAUUUGUGGUUAUCCAAAUGUUGGUAAAUCUAGUUUCAUGAAUAAAAUUACUAGAGCAGAUGUUGAUGUACAACCUUAUGCUUUCACUACAAAAUCGUUGUUUGUUGGCCAUAUGGAUUACAAAUAUCUUAGAUGGCAGGUAAUUGAUACCCCUGGUAUAUUAGAUCGUUCACUUGAACAGAUGAAUACCAUUGAAAUGCAAUCUGUCACAGCCUUAGCGCAUCUUCGCGCAUGUAUCUUGUUUUUUAUGGACCUUUCUGAACAAUGCGGUUAUAGUAUAACACUAUAUCAAAAUGUCAAAUCACUUUUUGUCAAUAAACCAACAUUUAUUGUCAUAAAUAAAAUUGAUGUCACAAGACCAGAAGAUAUACCUCUUGAAGAACAAGCAAUGUUAAAAGAAAUUAGUGAAAAGGAUGAUGUUCAGAUAGUUCAACUGAGUUGUCAUACCGACGAAGGCUUAAUGGAUGUGAGAAAUUUGGCAUGUGACAAAUUAUUAGCGACUCGUGUUGAUUUCAAACUGAGAGGCUCAAAGAUCAAUGAUGCUAUUAACAAGAUUCAUCUUGCUGAACCGGUUGCGCGCGAUGAUUUACCACGUCCGCCUCAUAUCCCUGAAAGUGCUAAAAAUCGACCUCGAUUUGACAUUAAUGACCCAAAAAGGCCCAAAUUGGAAAGGGAUUUGGAAGCAGAAGGUGGCGGUCCCGGUGUAUAUAGUGUUGAUUUUAAGAAAAAAUAUGAGCUUAAAAAUGUAGACUGGAAAUAUGAUAUAAUUCCAGAAGUUAUGAAUGGUAAAAACGUUGCCGAUUUUAUUGACCCAGAUAUUGAAGAAAGACUAGACGUUUUAGAGCGUGAAGAAGAACGCUUGGAAGCUAAAGGACAAUACGAUUCGGAAGAAAACAUGAUAGAUUCCGAAGAGGAAGAAAUGAAUAAAGUUGCUGAAGCAAUUCGUGAAAAAAAGAAAUUGAUUGUACAGGCUCAUAGAGCAAGCAAAAUGAUGAAAAAUCGACCAAUCAUGCCAAGGACGGCUAUUAAAAGGUCUAUCGAUGAGAUGGAAGAGAAAUUAGGUCAAUUAGGUCUUGAUACGAGUGUAGUUCGCGCGCGCAGUCGAACAAGAAAACGCAAACGAUCUGAAUCUGUUGGUGAUGAAAUUGUUCGAGACUCUUUAAGUGUUACAAGAAACGCAUCGAUGUCUCGUGAUCCUAGUGGUUCUAGAGUAAACAUUAAGCAAAAGAAAGAAAGUGAAAAACAAAAGAAACUUGCUCAACGGAAACCUAAUUUAUAUGCUAAAGUUGGUGAAUCUGAUAGGAGCAUUAAAUCUAAAAAACCUAAACACUUAUUUAGCUCCAAGAGCAGUAUUGGAAAAAGAGAUUGGCGUUAA